GACUCUGCAGGCUGUGGACACAGUUUACAUUGGAAGAGUUUUGCAGAAUGAAGCUGACCCUGCUGUUGAUUCUGUGCGUUUGCCUCUUUGGCUUUGUCUUUGGAAAUACCCUGGUCACCAAGCCACCAUUUCUGCGUAGCCGUUACAGCCUUCGCUGGCGGAAAACGACCCCAGCAGCCACAGAGGCAACCACUGGACACCCCAUGGACCAGGCCACCUCCACAGAGCAUCCCAAGAUGAGGACUUCAACGGCCAAUGCGGACUACGAUUACUACGGCAAUGGUGAAGCAGACAAUGUGGUGCACAAGUAAAAUGCCAAUCUAUCACAAAAAAGUCAGUUCAUAAUCAAUCAAAUUUAGAUCUAUCAGUUAUCUGUCAAUUAUAUACAAUACAACGAAUAAACUAAAAUAUGACAUUUGAAUUUGAAU